AGUCAAAUCAUAAUUUCAUACAAAGUUACAAAGAGAGAGUCACAGCAAUUUCGAAAGGCACAACACAAGGAAUUUGAUUGUGAUUAUGAAGCUGCUUAAGCCCAUAUCUGUGUUGCGGCAAGGUAGGCGCCGACGAGGGCCCCGGGGUGUCAGCACAUGGUCCCCACUUGCAACUGCAUUCAACACACGUCCCAAUUCUAGGCCUAUGUUUGAUACUUUACGGGAAAGAACAGGUCUUUUCAACAAACCAGAACUAACAAGUUUUGAGGGCUUCCAUGCACUCAAGGAGCAAGCUAUUGCAGCAACAGACAGGCUUGUUGAAGAGGCUACAUCAGGCCCUACUAGGCCCAUGGUAGAAAUCUUUGAUGAACUCUCGGAUACAUUGUGCAAAGUUGCAGAUUUAGCUGAAUUUGUGAGAAUUGCUCAUCCACAGCCACAUUUUGCGAGUGCAGCUGAAGAUGCCUGUAUUAGUGUCAGUGGAGUUGUAGAAAAAUUAAAUACACAUAAAGGUCUUUAUGAAGCUCUACGUGAUUCGGUCAGACGCGGUACAUCUGGCGACCAACAUCUAGCUGAAUUAUUCUUAUUUGACUUUGAGCAGAGUGGAAUACAACUUGAAGAUGGCCCUAGGAAGAGAGUUGUGGCACUUAAUGACCUUAUUCUUCAAACAGGACAGAGGUUUAUGGCUGGUGCUGCAAAGGCAAGAAGAGUGCCGAGAUCAGUUGUUCCUCAAAAUGUUAGACAGUUUUUCAGUACUGAGGGCGAGAGCGUAAUAGUAAGUGGGGUUUAUGCAGAAUGUGGAGAGGCAGCGGCGCGUGAGGCCGCUUAUCGCCUGUACUUAGCUCCAGAUCCUCAUCAGGAACGUCUGUUGUCCACUUCACUGCAGGCUCGUCACGAAUUGGCAACGAUUUGCGGCUUUCAGAGCUAUGCUGAUAGAGCAAUAAAGGCCAGCACGAUGGAAAACGCAGCAAAUGUACGAAAAUUCCUUGAUAUUCUUUCUGAUAAUCUAUAUGACAGAGCUAAAAUGGAUUUUGACGCCAUGCUCAAAAUGAAGAAAAAAGAAACUCCUUACCAGGAUGCCCUAAUGUGCUGGGACACUCCUUAUUUUACGCACAAGGCUAAGACGCAGCUGCUCAAUGUAGCUAAUUCAGACUUCAGUCCUUAUUUCUCAUUGGGUGGAUGUAUGGAAGGCUUAAAUAUGCUUUGCCAAGAGUUGUAUGGAAUUAGUCUGAAAUCGGAAGAAAUGUUGCCAGGGGAGUCCUGGUCACCCGAUGUUUAUAAGUUGGCGGUUGUGCAUGAAACCGAAGGUCUAUUGGGUCAUAUAUACUGUGACUUGUAUGAGAGGCCUGGGAAACCACAUCAGGACUGCCAUUUUACUAUUCAGGGUGGCAAACUACUUCCAGAUGGCACUUAUCAGAACCCGAUAGUGGUGAUAAUGCUGUCGCUGAGCGGCGGGCACCGGUCGGGGCCGGCGCUGCUGUCGGCGGGCGCGGUGGACAACCUGUUCCACGAGGCCGGGCACGCGCUGCACUCCAUGCUGGGCCGCGCGCGCCACCAGCACGUGGCCGGCACGCGCUGCGCCACCGACCUGGCCGAGGUGCCCAGCGUGCUGCUCGAGUGCUUCGCCUCGUGCCCGCAGGUAGUACGGCGGUUCGCACGACAUUUCCAAACGCGAGAGCCCAUGCCCGAAGACAUGCUGCAAAGGUUGUGCGCUUCUAAACACUUAUUUGGAGCUAGUGAAAUGCAGUUACAAGUAUUUUAUUCGGCACUCGAUCAACAGUACCACGGACCUGAUGCCGUUUAUGGCGGCUCCACUACAGACAUAUUGAAGCAAGUGCAGAAACAGUAUUACGGACUGCCGUACGUCGAGAACACGGCGUGGCAGCACCGGUUUAGCCACCUAGUGGGUUACGGAGCGAAAUACUACUCAUACCUGAUCUCUCGGGCGCUGGCCUGGAGUGUAUGGAGUCAGCGUUUCUCUCUUUCUCCACUCUGUCGAUCAGCUGGAGAGGACUUCCGACGAGGAGUACUGCAGCAUGGCGGCGCAAAACCACCACAGGAACUGCUUCGCGACUACCUGGGCAUGGAGAUCACACCAAACGCUCUGGCUAUGGCGUUAACAGAAGAGCUAGACUAUCAUAAAGAAAAUCUAGAUAGAGUAUUUAAAAUUUCUGAGAAAUGAAAUAGUAAAUGAAAAUAAGACUAAGAAUUUAAAAUUGUGGAAAUUAAUAGAAAUCAUAGUGCAAAAGAGAAAGAUUGUAAGUGAACUUUUACGUUAUUAUUCAUUUGAAUGUAUUUUGAAAUGUAAAUGUGAGACAAUGAAUACUGUGGGCUUAAGCAACAAGCCAAUCACUUUAAUUUAACAAAAUCAUAAAAUUUUCAGGCACGGCUAUAGAAACUAGUCUUUUAUUGUGACAGUGUGAUAAAAAUAUGUAAAUUCAUUCUGGUCAUUAUUUAGUAAAUGUAUUAAAAAAAUACCUAGCUAAUGUUUCGUGGUCGAGCCAGGGAUAAAAACCGCUUUCCAACUUCGUUACAGUUCUUCAUUUAAGUUUUAAAAAAGGUUCCGCCAUUCGGUUUCUGGUUAAGGUAUCGGUUUUAGUAAGAAGCAAAACUCGUUUGUUGGUCGUUGAAGGCAAUGUUUAUUAUUUAUUACUUAGACCAUUUUAAAUAUCCGGUUUACAUUUAGUAUUUUUCUAUAAAACCAGUCAGGUAUGUUCUACUCGUUAUUCAAUUCUAUAGUAAACCUUUCAAAGUAAACUUUUCUUCAAUGCGGCGCACAUGUUCGCGUUGGUUUUGCAAAUCAUGUCGUUCCAUUAGUAGUUUUGUUCUAGAGACACAUUUUUAAAAUCGAAAUUCUGUUUAUCGAAAAAAAUAUUCUUAGGGUUAAACUUAAAUUGCACCUGAAUCGAAUAUUGUGUGAGUUGCACAAAAUAUUCAAUUACAACUCGGUCACAUUAUCUCUGCACCUCGCUCGAUGACGUCACAUUCACGGUACGGUGUGCAAAAUAAGCAUCUCUAGAAAUAUGAAUUUUUUUACCCGACUGCCGGAUGUACAUGUAUGAGGUUUAGAUUAAAGAAUUUUGUGAUUGAAUAUAUAUUUAUUGUAUGGAUUUGGUUUCAGUGAUGGAAACUUAAUAAAACAGUAUUGAAUUCG